ACAAGCUGUUCGCUAACUGGACGUGCAUACGAGGGUAUUCUUGUUCAAUUGUUCAUCAGUUGUCGCCAGUGAGAUCGUUAGAACCCUAGUUAGGGUUUUUCUAGUCCUAAUUUAUGAAUUCAAUUCCAUAAAACUGUUAACAAUUAGCCAAGGAUUCAUCGAGUGAUCUCCGAUCCACUAUUGGAAGGCUUUAUAUAUAUAAUUUACAUCUUUCUAAUAUUUGUUCUUCAGACCUGACCUUGUAGAAUUCUCAGUCAAAGUACGAUCUCAUGAAGACUAGGGCGUUAUUGAUUUGCGUGCUUCUAUUUUCUUCAUUGAAUCCCAUUCAUGUUGCUUCGGAAUCGAAAUCGGAGGAUACGAAGACAAAUAAGUUCCGGGAACGAGAGGCCACCGACGAUGCCCUUGGUUAUCCCAACGUAGAGGAGGAUGAAUUGUUGAAUACACAGUGCCCUCAGCAUUUAGAGUUGCGAUGGCAGACAGAAGUUAGUUCUAGCAUAUACGCGACCCCGUUGAUUGCAGAUAUAAACAGUGAUGGAAAGCUUGAUAUAGUUGUUCCCUCUUUUGUUCACUACCUUGAAGUCUUAGAAGGUUCUGAUGGAGAUAAAAUGCCAGGGUGGCCUGCUUUUCAUCAGUCAACUGUUCAUGCCAGUCCUCUCCUAUAUGAUAUUGACAAGGAUGGUGUGAGAGAGAUAGCUUUGGCUACUUACAACGGUGAGGUGCUCUUUUUCAGGGUUUCAGGCUACAUGAUGUCAGAUAAAUUAGAGGUACCUCGAUUGAGAGUUAAAAAAGAUUGGUACGUGGGUUUGCAUCCAGAUCCGGUGGACCGUUCUCAUCCAGAUGUUCAUGAUGACCGACUUAUCCAGGAGGCUGUAAUAAAUUCAAUCCCUCAACCAAAUGGAAGCACACCUGUUGCAAACACUUCGCUUUCAACAUCAGCAGAAGUUCAUGUUGACAAAGUGAAUGCAUCCAAUGUAGAGGAUCAAGGUAAAAAGAAUGAUAGUCAAACAGAAGCAAACAUUAAGCUGCCAGGGAGCACAGAUAAUGCUACUACUUCAGAUUUAGGAUCAGUGACAACAAGCAAUGCUGAGAAUGGAACAAACACUGGAAGACGUCUUCUUGAAGAUAAGGACUCCCAAGGGUCAGAGGACAGUUCGGAAUCCAAAGCUAAGAGCAAUGAAAAUGUUCGUGCUGCAACUGUGGAAAAUGAUGAAACUUUGGAAGCAGAUGCUGAUUCGUCUUUUGAGUUACUCCGUGAUAAUGACGAGCUGGCUGAUGAGUAUAAUUAUGACUACGAUGAUUAUGUUGAUGAAUCCAUGUGGGGAGAUGAGGGAUGGAGUGAAACACAACAUGAGAAAUUAGAAGAUUAUGUGAAUAUUGAUUCACACAUUUUGGCAACUCCUGUUAUAGCAGACAUCGAUAAUGAUGGGGUAUCGGAAAUGGUUGUUGCCGUGUCCUACUUCUUUGACAAUGAGUACUAUGACAACCAAGAGCAUUUGAAGGAACUUGGUGGUAUUGAUAUUGGAAAAUAUGUUGCUGGUGCUAUUGUUGUUUUCAAUCUCGAUACCAAGCAAGUCAAGUGGACGUCGCAAUUGGAUCUUAGUACGGAUACUGGAAAGUUCCGUGCCUAUAUAUAUUCUUCUCCAACUGUUGUUGAUUUGGAUGGCGAUGGGAAUUUGGACAUUCUUGUUGGAACUUCAUAUGGCUUGUUUUAUGUCCUGGAUCAUAAGGGCAAAGUGAGGGAGAAGUUUCCUCUUGAAAUGGCUGAAAUACAAGGAGCUGUAGUUGCAGCUGAUAUCAAUGACGAUGGCAAGAUCGAACUAGUGACCACGGAUACACAUGGAAAUGUUGCUGCAUGGACUGCACAAGGGAAAGAAAUUUGGGAAACACCUCUUAAGAGUCUUAUUCCACAGGGUCCCAGUAUUGGUGAUGUCGAUGGGGAUGGCCACACUGAUGUUGUAGUUCCAACAAUAUCGGGGAAUAUAUACGUUCUUAGUGGCAAGGAUGGGUCACUUGUUCGGCCAUAUCCAUACAGGACUCAUGGGAGAGUGAUGAAUCAAGUUCUUCUUGUUGAUUUAAGUAAACGCGGGGCGGAAAAGAAGGGACUUACUAUUGUUACAACAUCAUUUGAUGGUUAUUUGUAUCUUAUAGAUGGAAUCACAUCAUGUGCUGAUGUUGUGGAUAUUGGUGAAACUUCAUAUAGCAUGGUCUUGGCUGACAACGUUGACGGCGGAGAUGAUCUUGAUCUUAUUGUGACAACCAUGAAUGGCAAUGUCUUCUGUUUUUCAACUCCAUCUCCGCAUCAUCCCCUCAAGGUGUGGAGAUCACCUAAUCAGGGAAGAAACAAUGUUGCAAACCGCUUCAAUCGUGAAGGGAUCUAUGUUUUACCUUCAUCAAGAGCGUUCCGUGAUGAAGAAGGCAAGAGUUUUUGGGUCGAUGUAGAGAUUGUUGACAGAUAUAGGUUUCCGUCGGGGUCUCAAGCACCAUAUAAUGUCACAAUAAGCUUAUUAGUUCCUGGUAAUUACCAAGGAGAGAGAACCAUAAAGCAAAACCAGAUCUUUGAUCGUGCUGGAAAACAUCGGCUAAAGCUCCCAACAGUUGGAGUAAGGACUACAGGGACUGUUUUGGUGGAGAUGGUCGACAAGAAUGGACUCUAUUUCUCAGAUGACUUCUCCCUCACAUUCCAUAUGUAUUACUACAAACUGUUGAAGUGGCUUAUUGUCCUACCUAUGCUGGGGAUGUUCGGUGUGCUAGUCAUCCUUCGUCCACAGGAGGCCAUGCCCUUGCCAUCGUUCUCACGAAACACUGACUUGUAAUGAUCAGCUCAUAUCAAAAUCUGACACAUCCUUGCCAAAGUUUACAAAAUGCUUAUACUCCGAUGUUGAUCUAGUGCCAGAAACAUCUAAUGAUUCAGAAGGGUUGCUGUGGGAGAGUGUGUGAAGGCUAUGUUUUGGGUUGAUCACACAAUAUUUGGACGUGUUACAAAUGGGGUUACCUGAAUUGAGUUCUGAAAAUAGGAAACCAAAUCUGUGGUACCUUAGCACCCAAAAUUAUUUUUUGAUCUCCUUGGUCUUCUUUUCUCUCGUGUAAUUUUGCUCUUAAUGUUAUAUGAGGUAUUGCUGAGGAAAA